GAGGAGGCAGUGGAAAGGGAGGAAGACAAUGACACGCAGCCGCGCUGGGAGAGGGACGCGUCCGUUGUUCUGCCGCAGCGGCGUCGCCUCUGUGCUCCGUCGAUCGGGCGUGAUGAUGAUGAUGAUGAUGAUGAUGAACUCUUGCACGGUGUCACUCGCGUGGAUUUCUGGAUGGACACGGGAGGUGCUCCCCCCCCCCCCCCCCCCCCUUCCCCCCCACGUCCACAUCGCUUAACGUCAGACUUUUAUUGAAUUGAUUCACGCCUGCGAUACAAGAUACUCUUUGUCACCGUGAUUUAUACUCCGUUGCCGGUAAACGAUGUCCGCGCAGGCUCGGAUUUUUUCGCCAAAUUGACUCCACAAAUUGCGUGCUGGGUGGGAGUCACGUGACAUCGCGGCGUCGUCCUGCGAACUGGCUUCAGAAAAACUACAGGGGGCCGAGACACCCUCCGGGAGGUUUCACCAUGGACGACUCUGGCAUCAUUCGAAGGCGAAGGCUCCAGAAGGACCUUCCACUGCCUCGGAAAAGUAGCAGCUGCAGAACGAGCAACAGGAAAAGUCUCAUCCUGACCAGCACGUCCCCCACCCUGCCCAGGCCUCACUCCCCACUGCCCGGACACAUUGGAAGCAGCCCAUUGGACAGUCCACGCAACUUCUCGCCAAGUGGGCCCGCCCACUUCUCUUUCGCCUCUUCAAGAAGGCCCGACGGUCGUAGAUGGUCCCUGGCUUCGCUGCCGUCCUCGGGAUAUGGCACCAAUACACCAAGUUCUACGUCGUCCAGCUCGUCCCAGGAACGUCUGCACCAGCUGCCCUUCCAGCCCACCGUGGACGAGCUGCACUUCCUGUCCAAGCACUUUGGCAGCACCGAGAGCAUCACGGACGACGACGGGGGCCGCCGCUCGCCGCACGUCCGUCCUCGCUCUCGGAGCCUCAGCCCGGGGCGCUCGCCGUCCUGCUACGACAAUGAAAUCGUGAUGAUGAACCACGUGUACAAGGAGCGCUUCCCCAAGGCCACAGCGCAGAUGGAGGAGAGGCUAGCAGAGUUCAUCCACAACUACUCCCCGGAGAACGUUCUGCCUCUGGCCGACGGCGUCCUCAGCUUCAUCCAUCACCAGAUCGCCGAGCUGUCCCGAGACUGCCUGACCAAAUCGCGAGAGGGCCUCAUUACCAGUGUUUACUUCUGCGAACUUCAGGAAAACUUGGAGAAGCUCCUGCACGACGCGUACGAACGCUCGGAGAGCUCGGAGCUCACCUUUGUCAUCGAGCUGGUCAAGAAGCUCUUUAUCAUCAUAUCUCGACCGGCCAGGCUGCUGGAGUGCUUGGAAUUUAAUCCGGAAGAGUUCUACCAUCUGUUGGAGGCCGCGGAGGACCACGCCAAGGAGGGCCAGUUGAUGAAGGCGGACAUCCCUCGAUACAUCAUCAGCCAGCUCGGGCUCACUCGGGACCCCCUGGAAGACAUCGUGAGCCUGGACAGCUACGACAGCGAAGGUCCGCACACGCCAGAGACGGAUGACUCGGCAGAGGGUAAAGGGAGAGCCAUCAAACCACCGAGUGAGGAGGACUUUCAGAACAUCAAACUAAUCAGCAACGGCGCUUACGGGGCCGUGUACCUGGUGCGCCACAGGGAGACCCGACAGCGCUUUGCCAUGAAGAAGAUCAACAAGCAGAAUCUGAUCCUGAGGAACCAGAUCCAGCAGGCCUUUGUCGAGAGAGACAUCCUCACCUUUGCCGAGAACCCCUUUGUGGUUUCCAUGUUUUGUUCCUUUGAAACACGCAGACACUUGUGCAUGGUGCUGGAGUACGUCGAGGGUGGCGACUGUGCCACCUUGUUGAAGAACAUCGGGGCGCUCCCUGUGGAGCUGGCCAGGAUGUACUUUGCUGAGACCGUUCUGGCCCUGGAGUACCUGCACAACUACGGCAUCGUUCACCGAGACCUGAAGCCAGACAAUCUAUUGAUCACCUCCAUGGGCCACAUCAAGCUGACUGACUUUGGCUUGUCCAAAAUGGGCCUGAUGAGCCUCACCACCAAUUUGUACGAAGGACACAUUGAGAAAGACGCCAGGGAGUUCCUGGAUAAGCAGGUGUGCGGUACCCCGGAGUACAUCGCACCCGAGGUGAUUCUCCGUCAGGGCUACGGGAAGCCGGUGGAUUGGUGGGCGAUGGGCAUCAUCCUCUAUGAGUUCCUUGUGGGCUGCGUGCCCUUCUUUGGAGACACUCCCGAGGAGCUGUUCGGACAGGUCAUCACUGAUGAUAUGGUUUGGCCCGGCGGUGACGACGCCUUACCCGAGGAGGCACAAGCCCUCAUCUCCGCCCUGCUGCAGACCAACCCUCUCGUGAGGCUGGGCACAGGCGGAGCGUUUGAGGUGAAGGAGCACCCGUUCUUCACGGAGCUCGACUGGAACAGUUUGCUGCGACAGAAAGCCGAGUUCGUCCCUCACCUGGAGUCGGAGGAGGACACCAGCUACUUUGAUACGCGCUCCGAUCGUUACCACCACAUCAACACGUACGACGGGGACGACACCAACGAUGACGAGCCGGUGGAGAUCAGACAGUUUUCCUCCUGCUCCCCUCGCUUCAGCAAGGUCUACAGCAGCAUGGAGCAUCUCUCUCAACUGGAGCAGAAAGUUUCCACCUCCGUGUCCCGUCGGGAGCACAAGGGCUCAAGGGAGGACAAGGUGACCAAGAGAGAGAGUCUGGGAAGCUUCAGCAUGAGGGACAAGAGUUGGAGGACUGGAUCUCCUGAAAUGAAGCGCCUUUCCUGCUCUGAGUCGCUCUACGUGGAGGGUGACGCCAGCCCUCCUCUCGGCGCGCGGCGACGCUUCUCGGCGCUGAUGGACACGCAUCGCUUUGCCUCCCCCAUCGAGGGCGAACCUGAAUUUCUGUCCAGGCCAACCCCCAUCAGGGUGCGGGGAACCUCCCUGGACGGGACCGGCGUUCCCUCAACACCCCACGGGGAGCCGAGGAACAGUUUGAAAGAGCACAACGGAGCAGACAAGCCGCCUAAGCAAGGAGAGGCACCUGGAGUCGUGAGCGUUAACACGUUAGCUCCCGCAGCAGCGGGUCGCGAUGUGAUGACGCCUCUGUACGACCCUCUCGGGGCUCGGGCCACCAAUGACCUGGUCCUCAGGAGGGCGCGUCACCCGCAUUUGUCUGGGGACGGGGACAAACGGAACUCCAGGGCUGGCAACAAGGUCAUCAAAUCCGCCUCGGCCACAGCCCUGUCUGUCAUCAUACCGUCUGUGGAGCAGCACGGUGGUUUCUCUCCAUUGGCGAGUCCCAUGUCCCCCCACUCGUUCUCCUCCAAUCCGUCAUCCCGCGACUCUUCGCCCAGUCGAGACUUCUUUCCGGCAGUCAGUGUGCUGCGCUCGCCCAUCACCAUCCAUCGCUCUGGAAAGAAAUACGGCUUCACCCUGAGGGCCAUCAGGGUCUAUAUUGGAGACAGCGAUAUCUAUAGCGUGCAUCAUAUAGUCUGGCAUGUGGAGGACGGCGGCCCAGCCCAGGAAGCCGGUCUGUGUGCGGGCGACCUCAUCACUCAUGUGAACGGUGAGCCGGUCCACGGUCUGGUCCACACUGAGGUGGUCGAGCUUAUCCUCAAGAGCGGCAACAAGGUGACAGUGACGACCACGCCGUUCGAGAACACCUCCAUUAAAGUGGGUCCUGCCCGCAAGGCCAGUUCUAAGUGUAAGAUGGCCCGGAGACACAAGAGGACCGUGGGCAAGGACGCCCAGGACAGUAAGAAGCGAAGCUCGCUGUUCCGCAAGAUCACCAAGCAGUCCAAUCUCCUCCACACCAGCCGCAGUUUGUCCUCUUUGAAUCGCUCGCUCUCCUCCAGCGAGAGUCUUCCCGGCUCGCCCACGCACAGCCUCUCUGCCCGGUCCCCAACUCAAGGGUACCGUUCCUCUGCUGAGACAUCGUACCUGGGUGCUUCAUCUCAAAGCAGCUCUCCAGCCUCCAGCACUCCAAACUCCCCCGCUCCCUCGCAGCACAUGAGGCCCAGUUCCCUCCACGGGCUUUCCCCCAAACUGCACCGCCAGUACCGCUCUGCCCGUUGCAAGUCUGCCGGCAACAUCCCCUUGUCCCCACUGGCCCACACCCCAUCUCCCACCCAGUCCUCGCCUCCUCCCUUACCGGGCCACACUGUGGGAAGUUCCAACACCACUCAGUCCUUCCCUGUCAAGCUCCACUCGUCACCCCCGGUGGUCCGUCCCAGGCCGAAGAGCGCGGAGCCCCCGCGCUCGCCCCUUCUGAAGCGCGUGCAGUCGGCAGAGAAGCUCGGCUCGCCUUUGACGCAGUCCGGCGCGACGGGAGGACUCGGGGGUCCGUUGAGGAAGCACAGCCUCGAAGUGCAGCAUUCUGAGUACCGCAAGGACGCCUUCCUGUGUGAACUGGGCCUCCAGAGUCUGCUCGAGACAGACGGGGAGAGUUUGCCCCCGAAUCCUCCGCCACUGCCGUGCUCCUCGUCCUCCGCGGGCUCGGAGACCCGUGCGCUGAAGCCCGUGAGGAGAUUAGGCAGGCAAGAGUCGCCGCUCAGCAGGGAGACGCUGCUGGCUGGCAGAGAAAGGGAAGAGAAGGAGCGGGGAAGGGAGAGAGAAAGGGAGACCGCAAGCGAGUCGGUCCUGGAGAGAUUGAGCCGCGUUGAAGCGGCGGCGCUCCAGACAUCCUUGACGAGGAGACGUCACGCGGAGCCCUCGAGUUCAAGACCGAGUGGAGAAACCGCAACCACAGCUCCAAGCAACGCCGGCAAAACAGUAGAAGGUCUCGAUGGGCACAAGGGGUCUGAGAAGAUCAUCCAGCGCCCAAACCCCAAGCAACUCGACCUCAAGGCGGCCAAAGGUAUGCUAUUCGGUUGUAAAUCGCCUCAAGACAACCUUAUAGGAGGUGGAAGGGAACCAAAGCAGGAGGGCGACACUAAUAACGGUCCGUGUUUAAGGAAGAACUCCGCCGCUACUCCUGACAAAGUCAUCAACACUUCACUCAUCGGUAGUCCACUGGCUUUGCGUAAAGCCUUUAAACCCUCAGCUAUGGGGGACAGCUUGAGAAAAGCUGAGAGCAGUGACUCAAGGACUUCAGACCUGAACUCCAAGAGCCCCAAACUGCCUGUUCGGAUCCUCGCUCCCGCAGUCCCCCCGCACGGGCCGCAACUGAGUCUGGGCAAAGUCAGACAGGGUCUGGGGCCCGUCAAUUGCUAUCGGGGAACCCUGGACUGGGAGGACAAAUGUCGGCUGGAGGUUCUCGAGGAGCAUUCGCCCUCUCCUUCGCCUUCCCCGACCGCGGUCAUCCCCUCCCUCUGCGGACCGUCGCUGUGUAAGUCGCGGCCCGUCUCCCCCGGCGACAAGACGAGUUUCGUCAGCCAGCUGACUACCGUGGCCAAGAAUGUGCUCGGCCCGAUCAAGCUGGGCUCCCAGGAAGGCUCCAGGAGCAAAGCAGAGCAGCAGACCAGAACGGCGGACGAGAAGCAGUCCGCCGCGGCUGGAAGAUGUGACCCUGCGGGAGGUAGUCGGGGGCUUGUGGCUGUGGUGACGCAAAGCCCCGCAGGUCCGUCCCAAGAGAAGGCAGCCCAACCAAAAUGCGCAACUGAAACCACAAACUAAAAUGCCUUCAUUGGAUGAACGAUGCAACAAAAGUCAAGCACUUCAAACGUUGUACAUUCCAAUUUUAGAGCUUAUCAAAUCUUAUUUAUUGAUUCCAAUCAUGGACUGAUUCUACCUUCAACCAGGAUGAGAACAGUCCACUAUAAAGGUGCAUUAACUUUUGAUUAUUUUAAUAAGAAGAUUCUUAAAGUAUUGUGGAACACUUUAUCAGAUGUCUAUAUGUGUGAGUCCACGUGGAUGCAUGUCCUGUGGUAUGUACUGUACAUGUAAACUAGGUAUAAGAAGGUCGAAAAAGUGCUUUAGUCAUCGAAACUGUGAAGACCAAAUGGCGUGGCUCCGUUUUGUCGUAAACUGUAUCACAGUCACGCCGUAACGUUUGCUUUAAACAACACACACAGGACCAGCGAUGAGACCAUUGCGCUGGUUUAUUCUCCAUGCGGCGGUUAUUUUGGCCCACGGGCGGCGCCGUCACAGGGCGUCACAUCUCGCGCGCGUGCGGCUCCACUACUGGUGGUUCUGGUGCUGACAGAGCUCAAGCUCAGCGCUUAUCUCCUCCUCACAGGAGGGCCACCGCCGCCCUUCACACACACGCAUUGCCACCGGAGGCGGCCGUGUCAGCAGCUGAUGUUGGCGCGUUUGAAUGCAUAGCCCCCCGUGCUCUGUGAAACGUGUUUGCCCGAAAGCGAGCCAAGCGGUGCGGCAAUGACAAACAACUGGAAAUAAAACAAUAAGUCACCCAUUAUAUGAACUUGCUUUAGUUGUUCCUGCUGACUGAAAACAAAUUGCUUAUGAUUGUGUUUGAGGGCGUGCUCGUAAUACUGCAGGCAAUCUGUGCCACACUCAAGCACGCUUGACAUCUAAACUCUCGAUUGCUUGACUCAGUGCCGUGCUUGAGCACGAUAUACAGUCAGGCCCAGAACAAAAUUUGCAUCGUUUUGGAUCUAGACACCGCCAAAUAUGAUUUGAAAUGAAACGAACGAGAUGUGCUUUAACUCCAGACUAUAAUUUCAUCCAAAUCAGGAGAACAGUGUAGAAAUGACAACAGUUCGGAAAUAUAUUCCUCCUACUUUUGAAGGGACCAGGUGGAAUGGGACAAUUGGCUGCUCGGUUGUUACAUGCCAUUUACAAGGAGCACGUAAAAGGUCUGGUGAUUCAUUUCAAGUGUGCCAUUUGCAUUUGGAAUCUGUUGCCGUCAACUCUCAGUGGGUUCCAAAGAGUUGUCGCUAUCAGUGACAAUCUAAACAAGCCCAUUAGAGAGAUCACUUUCUGAUCCGUUGUGUUGGUUUUGAGGCAAAAAGGUGAGAAUUGUUUCCAAGUCCCGAUAUUCAUUGUCCUGACUGUAUUUCCCCCGGGCCGAACCGUGGCAAAUGUGCCGGAGCCUGGAAGAGUUCAGCGGCGUUUGAGUGCAGGCCAGCUUGGGGGCAAACGGACGAUAGAAGUGGCCCAGCGCUGAUAGGCACGGUACAGUUGAUCAUGCUCCCAAUGUACACGUUCUUCCUCCAGCCAGUUCUCACCUUCAAUCAUCAUAUAAAACCAUAUUAGGACAACACUGAACAAAAUUAUGGAACUACGUGAGUCCAAAUUUGAUAAGAACAAACUUGUAA